AUGGCGACAGAAUGGAGCGGGCAGCAAGGCUACGUUCUAACUCUAAUCGUUUUCCUUUGGAGUGCAGUCGGGGGACGCACCGAAACAGCCACGUCGAGUGUCAUUAAUAGCGGGAGCCAGGUGCUCGGUAUGCGGCUGGAGAGGAGCGACAAACCGGCUACGACCACUGACGAUGGGGUCAUACAGGUAACGGAGGAGAGCACAGUGCAGCUCCGGUUCUACGGUGUGCAGCUCAACUCGGGCACCUGGGCUCAGAUCCGCUUCACGGAACGAGGGGAUGGGAGCGAUGAGGGGGGAAACAAUAACAUUAUUGACGACACACCUAACAGGACUUGUGUUGAUUUCACCAAAGACUUCAGCAUCGCGACCUACAUGAACACCAGUAGCCGGGGGACCACAGGGGUACUCAGCAUAAACAUUAAACCCCUUCGUAAGAGCGAGCCGCACAAGGAGUAUGGGUUGUGCAUCAAGAGUUUGGCCAAUGGCAGGUGGGCUCUGCUCGGGGAUAGCGACGGGAGACUCCGGGUGGUAGAGGGGGAGAAAACUCUCCUCCCCCUGUGGUUCCAGAUCAUCCUUAUCUGUUGUCUGUUGGUGCUGUCUGGCAUGUUCAGCGGGCUGAACCUGGGGCUCAUGGCUCUGGACCCCAUGGAGCUCCGUAUAGUCCAGAGUUGUGGUUCAGAGAAGGAAAAGAAAUAUGCCCGCAAAAUUGAGCCCAUCCGCAGUAAAGGGAACUACCUUCUCUGCUCGCUGCUGCUUGGCAAUGUCCUGGUCAACACCACACUCACCAUCCUCCUGGACGACUUAAUAGGCUCUGGGCUGGGCGCCGUGGUCGCCUCCACAGUGGGUAUCGUGAUUUUCGGCGAGAUUGUCCCUCAGGCGCUGUGCUCUCGCCACGGGCUGGCGGUGGGCGCCAACACCAUCCAGGUGACCAAGUUCUUCAUGUUGCUCACCUUCCCCCUCUCCUUCCCCGUCAGCAAGCUCCUAGACGUGCUCCUAGGCCAGGAGAUCGGCACUGUGUAUAACCGCGAGAAGCUGGUGGAGAUGCUCAGGGUGACGGAACCGUACAACGACCUGGUCAAAGAGGAGCUCAACAUGAUCCAAGGAGCUCUGGAACUCCGGAAUAAGACGGUGGAGAGCGUGAUGACUCCUCUGGCCCACUGCUUCAUGAUCCAGAACGACGCGGUCCUCGACUUCAACACCAUGUCAGAGAUCAUGGAGAGCGGCUACACGCGUAUCCCGGUGUUUGACGACGAGCGCUCCAACAUCGUGGACAUCCUGUACGUGAAGGACCUGGCGUUCGUGGACCCGGACGACUGCACCACGCUGAAGACCAUCACUAAGUUCUACAACCACCCGGUCCACUUUGUGUUCCACGACACUCGGCUGGACUCCAUGCUGGAGGAGUUCAAGAAAGGUAAAUCCCACCUGGCCAUCGUUCAGAAGGUGAACAACGAGGGGGAGGGGGAUCCCUUCUACGAGGUGCUGGGAUUGGUCACCUUGGAGGACGUAAUCGAGGAAAUCAUCAAAUCAGAGAUCCUGGAUGAGUCCGACCUUUAUACUGACAAUAGGAACAGGAAGAAGGUGGACCCGAACAAGAGAACGCGUGACUUCUCUGCGUUUAAACACACGGAGAACGAGUGCAAGGUGAAGAUCUCUCCCCAGUUGAUGCUGGCUGCGCAUCGCUUCCUGGCUACAGAGGUGAGUCUGUUCAGUCCCUGUCAGGUCACUGAGAAGGUGUUACUGAGGAUCCUGAGGCACCCUGAUGUCAUCCAGGAGAUCAAAUUCAAUGACAGCGACAAGCGAUCCGCUCUACACUACAUCUACCAGAGAGGCAAACCUGUCGACUACUUCAUACUCAUACUGCAGGGGCGAGUGGAGGUGGAGGCUGGAAACGAGAACAUGAAGUUUGAGACAGGACCCUUCUCCUACUAUGGAGUCAUGGCUCUUAGCUCACCAUCACUGGAGUUCCGUUCUCCUACUCACGCGAGCGGUCUGAACCGCUCGGCGUCGCUAAGCUGCACUGAGCGUGGCGCUUCCGGAGAAUGCGGCUCAGUAACUGCUAGCAACACGCAGCUCACCGCCUGCCAGUACACACCAGACUUCUACGUACGGGCUCUCACUGACCUGCAAUAUGUCAAGAUCACUCGUUCUCAGUACCAGAAUGGUCUGCUGGCGUCGAGGCUGGACAGCACCCCCCAGUCCCCCGAGGGCAGCCACCCCCGUCUGGACAGCACCUCUGCUCUCCCGCUCCCCAUCACCCCACCAGCCCCUCCCCGCACCCCCCUCCCCCUGGCCACCACACCUUUCAAGCGCCCGCUUGCUCUCCCCCAACCCACCCCCCCUCCCACCAACCGUACCCCCUUACCCCAAACCACCACCCCCACUCAAGUCAACCCCCGCUUGGCCCUGCCCCAAUCCACCCCUCCUCCCACCAAAGGCACCCCUCUUCCUCAAACACCUCCUCCCCCCUCCUCGGGUGCACGCACCACUCACCCGCCUCCGCCCUCCACCUCCUCUCUCCCCCACCCACCUCUUCCCUGCACCUCUCUCCCCCCCAAAUCCCCCUCUUCCGCGAGGCCAGGGGGGGAGAACGGGCCGGGUGAGAAGACCUCUCUGCUCUCUGAGCAGCCGCAAAACUGCGUAAGCGGCACACGCAGGCCCAGCUACCCACAAACACACACACAACACCCUCACACACACCAACACCUGCACACACACGUGCACACCAUCAGUCACGCACACACAGAGAGCACCAUCUGACAACAGGGGGGGGGGGGUUAAGAUUUGUAAAAAAUGAAUACACACACACGUUUUGUUGGCCGUGGACUGACUACCCCCUGGAGCACUGGAAGAUUCUAAGGUGCAUUGUGGGAAUCCUCAUGUCUCUGUCCUAUCCGCCCACCUACCUCUCAAGAUGGGGUGAAGAGAGAGAGAGACGGGGAACACUGGUGCUUCACACACUUGUGCAGAGGUCAUUGUGUGUGAUGUAUCUCGUCUCUGUCAUACGGUUGAGUGCGUGUGUAUGCAAUGUGUGUUUGCCAGUUUUAACGGUGGCUGCAGGCACAGUCUGGGAUCAGCUUUGUUGGUGGGGAGGACGGGGGAGGAGGGUUGAGGAGGGGGAGAUAGACCACCACGUAUAGCAUGUUUAUAAUAUGUGUUGAUUCUCUGCACUUCGGUUGUCGGUAUAAAUAAAUAUAGAAAUAUGACCUGUAGUGACAGCAAAAUAUGUUUUUUAAAGAGAAAUGUAGCGAUAUUUAGAGAUUCAUGCAUUUUAGCUUAGUGUUCACUGUGAACUCUCACCUACACGCACCUGUGUUCUCUAAAACACUUCCUGAGACCACUCCCCUCCCACAUGCUCUGUUUCCAUGGAAAUGACAUUCAACACCCCCCCCCCCCCCCCCACCCAACACAAAUGGAACAUUCUCAGGAGGGAUUUCUAGAAUCUUGGUUUAUUUUAUAUUUGGUGUCCUUUCUUUCUUCCAAAUAUGGCAAUUUCCAAAAAACGUUAGUAUUAGGGGAUUGUUGAGUUUGGAGCCUGUUGACACGGGCUCGACAGGAGGGACAGGAGGGUAGCGGUUUGCGCGUGUACCUCCUGAGCUGUCUCUCAUUUCGGAAAGUUUAUGCAACGAAACAGCCCUACAAGUGGUUGACCACCUGACCCUGUCAGGCCUAACAGGCUGAGGUGGAGGGCGGGGUUGCUGGAGGGGAGGAGUCGGCUGGCUAAUUGACUGACAGGUGGGUUUGUUUACCGUGAACCCACCUCCUAACCAGAGAUGUGAAGUAUAUUUAUAUGAUUCAUUAUUUAAAUAUGAAUAUAUUUAUUUUGCAUUACAGAUUACUUUUGUAUGUAUUUUGAGAUUUAUUUGAUGUCAAUGUUUUAUAUUCUAUAGAUUGUUUUUCUUUUGUUGAAGAGUCUCUAAACUCCAUGUACUGUGACAGAUGACACUGACACUCCUGAACAGAGACUUUGCUACUGUACUGCAACCAACUCCCCCAGAACCUACAAACACACCUAACUGAACAGAGCUCAAUUCAACUAUGAUACUAGCUCCUCUUUCUUAUUGUGUUAUUGUAUAAUUUCACUAUGAUACUAGCUCAGCUUCCUAUUUGUGAACAUAGCUCAAUUUAACUACAAUACUAGCUCGUUUUCCUGUUUGUAUAAUUUCACAUAAUAAGCAGUGGACUAGCAUUUGGGUGUCUGAGACGCUGUGGUUUAACAUGAUUGGUUGCUUUGGAGUGUUAUUGUGUGACGUCACAAUGGAAUAUGGAAGUCACUGUUUUCAGGGGCGAUGUCACUAUGGAGUUGAAAUUCCACUUUGUGAUGCCACAAUGGAGUUGAGUUCAGAGUUUGUGUGUGAUGUCACAGUGGAGUUUAGAAUUGAGAGUUUUACUGUGUGAUGAUACAAUCAGUGAGGGGUAGUUGCCACUGCUAAUGACAUGACAUGAAAAAAGGCACUCCACCACAAUGUUCCCUUACCAUUUACAUUGUAGGUACUCCAAAAAGACAUUCCAAAACAGGGGUUCCACAAUUGACCCUUCAGAUUCAAUCUGAUGUAGGAUUUAUUGUGUGUAUAAAUGAAACUGUUACACGCACUGUGCCCUGCCGUGCUGUCUUAGAGAUUACUACAUGCGUUUCCCUCACCAUGCAUUCUCUGGAUGGAGGGCGGACCAGACAUAUAAUGCUGCUAGCAUCUACCUAUCUUGAUCCCUAGAAAUAUAUUAUGAAGUGACAAUGAAGUAACUCAAGCAACGGUCGACAUGAAGACAAAAAAAAAUUUACACAUACAAAUGUAUCUCUAAGUAAAUACUUACCACUGGUAAGAAAAUCACUUUAGAACAACGAGGUAGAACUGAGUAUUUAUUCCAAAGAAUUUCUGUAAGAUCUGUUCCACAGGGAAGAGUUCCUACCUGAAUUUUAAGAGUAUAUCCCCGCCUUAGAAUUGGAAUAAAUAGAACGGACACAUGCCCCCUCAGUACAGGGUAUUGAAUGGGGUCGUCCGUUCUAGGAUUUCUAAGUCUAUGGUUGGUGCAGCCUUACACACUUCUACACACAAAAACCCUAGACCUGACUGCUGGUUCACAUAGGUCACUUAUAGCAUUGGGCCUUACUGGUUUUGUUACACCACUGGUCUAGUUCCCAGUUUAGCCACUGGUUGGCUGCGAUGCUCCUAGUCUGUACUGAGAACGGUCAGAUCAUGAAAGCGUUCGACUACUUAGAAAUGUAUUUAUUUGAAAAGUAAUAAUAUUCUGUCAUUUUUGUUCUGUGUUCUCUCGUGUGAAACAGGCUUUCAUUUUUGACAGACAGUCACGUCUGUCAACGGGUUACUGGGACGGAGGAAGAGAUUUGUUAUAUAUUUCCUGCUUGUACUAUGUUACUGUGAAUACUACUGUAUAUUGUGAAGAAAUUGGCAUUUGUCUACUAUAUUAUCUGUGAUGGGAGUGAGAGGGGGGGAUGCCUAUAUGGAACACAUGUAUAAAGUAGCCUCUGUGAGAAUACUUACUGGAUAUAAGAACUUUUAUCUCCUUCGACUAAGACAUUUUACUUGGAAGAUAUUGAAUUAGCAAUAAAAACAUUUCUCUGUUUUGACAACAAAGAAUAUUUCUACCUUUCUCUCAAAUUAAUUUUUCCCCCAUUUUGAAGUAGCAUGUAGUAGCAUUCUGACCAUGAUGUAUUGCAGCGCUGUGUUAAUGUAGCUGUUAGCUUAUGUUAUGUCUGGCUAGACUGAACUACCUUGCCCUUCACUAGCACUCCUUUCCCUCAUCUCCUUUCCUUUCCCACUCUUUCCUCUCCUCUUCCUCCCUACUCUGCUACUUUCCUUACCCUCUCCCCCAGCUUCUCUCCCCUCACACCCCCCACUUCUUCCCUUCUCCUCUCUUCCCUCCUCUCUUGCCGGUCAUGUUAUAUUGAAAUUCCUUGACUGCUGGUCUGAACAGUCUUAUAAGCUCUUUUUAAUGUCCAGAUCCUUCUAGCUGGUGGGUGGUUCCUGCCGGGAGGGCAAGGCUUAACUGGCAGCCAGGCUCUGCUCUGCUGUGUGGUUAGCUCAGCCCCAGUGUGAAUAUUCGACCUAAACGUGGAGGGUUUAAGAUUUCUGGUGCUGUAUUCUCAGACCAGGGACAGCUUUUCCACUGUGUAGACAAAGGGGUGCCAUACUAGCCUGGUCCCAGAUCUGUUUGGGCUCUCAGCCAACUACUAUAUGACCAUUGUCACGUCAAUGACCAUAUAGGAGAUGGCACAAACAGAUCUGGGUUCAGGCUGGUGCCAUACUGCUAGCCUGGGUGCUUGGGAACCAGAACCCUACAAUGGAAUAGAAUGUCCUCCAAGAAGGAUGUUUUUUUUGUGUGCAUGGAAUUAGAAUGAGUUCAAUGAUUAUAAACAAUACAGGUUACUCAGACAGAGAUGAGCACACUGGUCCAGUGUCAGCCCCAUAUGUAAAAACACACUGAACAGUCUGACAGAGACUAGGGGUCUGGCCUCCAGGUACACACACUAAUCUCUUUCUCUCUGCGAGAGUCUUCCACAAGAAGCUGGUCGGGGAUGAAGUUCUAAAUGUUAUAUUUAUUUAUUACUUAAAGUUAGGGUUUGGAGUGCUUGUUUUCAACAACUAUUGACUGUCAUGUUUAAUGACUGAUCAGCAGUAACUUCUGUGGUAGAGACUCGGAUGUUUUUCCUUUCUGUUUUCUUUUUUGGAGGGGGAUGUUGAUUUGAAGAGUAAAUGCCUGUAACUUCAUCUUACCCCUGGGUUGUUUAACUUAAAGCAAAGUGUACAUACUGUUUUAUAAUGACUUGAGGGAGCUGUGAAGGAGUCAACAUGGGGUUAAUAAAGUUAGAGUUAUAUUUCUCUACGUAAA